AUGUUUGUUCCAUUUCUUCCUUUUCCUCCUACAAAUUUUAACGUUUUUUGUUUUCGUUUCUUCCUUUUCCUCAAAAUUAUUCUUUUAAUUUCAUUCUCUUACUGUCUCCUCAAAUUUCUUCAGGACGUUUUUUUAAUUUGCACUCUUUCUUCUCCUUUGUAUCUUAACCUCUUUUAUUUUUUUAUGUCUCCUUUUCCUUGUUCCAUUUCCUUUUCCUUUUGUUCUUUCUUCUUUCUUCUAAUUCCAUAUAAGUUUUUUACGUUCUUCUCUUUCCUCCUACAAAUUUCCUCUCCUUGCGAUAUUGGCCUCUUUUUAUUUCCUUCCUUUCUUUUCUUAAUAAAUUUCAUUUUUUUUUGUCCUAAAAAGUUGUUUCCAUCAUCCUUUUCCUCAAGCUUAUUUUCUUUUCUUCCUCCUAUCCUUCCUCUUCCUUUAAUUUCUUCUCUUUUCUUCCUGCCUUCAAAUAUUAUCCUCUUUUUAUUUCCUUCCUUUCUUUUCCUUAAUAAAUUUUCUUUUUUUUGUUCUCCUUCUUUGUUCCAUCAAAUUUUCAUGUGUUCUUUUAUUCUUCUCUUUCUACCUGCCGAUAUUAUCCUCUUUUAUUUCCACAAUUUCUUUUCCUUUAUAUUUCUUUUUAUUUUUCAUCUUUUUAUGUCUUCCCAAAAGUUGUUUCAUCAUCCUUUUCCUCCUACAAAUUAUUCUUUUAUCUUUUCUUCUUUCUUCCUGCCGUAUCCUUUUAUUUUUCGUAGGCGAUUUCUUUCUCCUUUUAUUUCUCUCUUUUAUACCUUAAUUUGCUUAAUUCUUUUCAUCUUUUUCUUUUUUAUGUCUUCCUUCUUUUGUUCCAUCAUCCUUUUAUUUCUCUCAAGCAAAUUCUUCUCUUUUUUGACUCCGAUUUCCACAUUUCCUUUCUUUUCCUUACCUCUUCCCUUCUUUUUAUUUUGUUCGAUUCUUCUUUCUUACAAAUUCCAUGUGUUUCUUCUCCUCUUCUCUUUCCUCUACAAAUGUUAUCUUUUUAUGUUUUUGUUUCUUCCUUUUCCUCAAAAUUAUUCUUUUAAUUUCAUUCUCUUACUGAUCCUUCAGGACCUUUUCUUCUUUCUUCUACGUUUUGUUUCCCUUCAGGAUUUCUUUUAUUUUGUUCACUCUUCUCUUUCCUCUACAAAUUUGUACCUUUUAAUAUUUCGUUUCUUUCUUUUCCUCCAAAUUAUUCCCUUUAAUUUUUGUUCCUUUCUUCUCCUGUAUCCCUUUCACAUAAGUUCUUUUUAUUUCACUCUUUUUCCUCCUCUAAAUAUCCUCUUUUUAUUCUUUUGUUCCUUCCUUUUUUCCUCAAGCUUAUUCUUUUUCCUUUCUUCUACUUUAUUUUCUUCUCUUUUUCAGGACGUCCCAUGUUUUUUAAUUUCUCUCCUUUAUUCUUAA